GCAGUAUUAUUUACACAAUACCUUCUGCCGAAAGUCCAGGUAGGGAGGCCUAUGUGAACAAUGCCACAUUAUCACGUGCACAAGGCAAGAUGUGGACCGCUUCGCAAGUUACCCAACGCUGUGUUCAACCACCGGAUUUCCUCCCUUCUGACGGGCGAUGGGAUACGUUAGAGGGCACAAGCGUAAGCAUCAAUAGGGGCUACCGAGCUUUCUUUUGCGCGCGUUGCCAUUGCUCGUCAGUGAGCUCUCAACGUCACUGUAUCAACGAUCAGCGGGGUUUACAAACUGCGAGCAACGACACCUCGUCCUAUUCUCGCCCUCCUUUGCACCUUGAAACUCACAUCCACAGCAUGUCUAACAGUAAUAGUGGCAAGCAGCAGACAAGUAGCUUGCUAUUACGGCUGUUUCAAAGCGAGUUCUUUAAUUCCCGGUUGGCUCUCUUGUAUAUAUCGAGAUAUCCAGAAAGCGUUGGAAUACAACACUAUAUAUGUGAACGGCUGGAGGAAUUUGAUGAGGAAGAGUUGGAUUUUUAUUUACCUCAGUUAUGUCAUUUGCUAAUCAGCCGUCGUACCGAGUCGGUCGCACUGGAAAACUUUUUAUUAAAGCGAUGUCGAAAAUCCACCCAUGCAGCUCUGUUGACGUUAUGGUAUUUACAAUCGCACCUAAGUGACAUGCGCGGGUCGCCAAACACAGAGUCAUUUCGAUUGUGCCAACGGCUAUAUUACAAGUGCCAGGCCAUUGUGUUUGCGGACGCCCCCCUGACCCCAAAGUCCGAUACCUCCUUCAAAGAUAUCUUUCAAACGAAGAGAAUACGCGAGAACGUCAGGCCGGCGGUUAUCGGCAUUGGAGCUAUUCUGGCGGCAGGAGUGUGCCCGCUAGUUGUCGAGACAGGGGCGAGUAUGAUUAUUAGUCAGGGUCGAAGAUGGAAAACGCUUGCAUCAGAUCCAGGAGAGGUAGUGGAAGAAAGCAAUCAUGGAUCCAAGACAUCUUUAGCCACCCGACGCUCAGAAUCUGUGAAAGAUGCAAGGGAGUACGAGCGAGGGCUAGCGGCGGCAAUGGGAAGACGCCACUCUACAGACAGCGGAUCGUCUAAGCACAGGGGACUACAGCUACUCGCACGGAUCCCAACUGGAUCUGCAACCCCGGAUGAACUCUCUCGUGGAGGAGCAUUUUCAUUCAAUCGAUAUGUUGCAAAAGCAUCUGGAAAUUUUACCCAUUCAAUGAGCCUUUCAACAUCUGCAUCCGCGGAGUGUCUGAAUCGCCAUUCAAGCACGUCACGGACUGAUGAACCGUCAUUGGAGAGUCUGAACGUUCUUUCCGAUCAACGGCAUCUCAAAACCAGCCAUUACUUCCAUUCCGAGCUGCAGUUCAUGAUGACAUUGGUGGAAAUAUCCGAUCGCUUGCGCACGGUACCAAAGGAAGCGAGACAAAGCACGCUUGUUGCAGAGUUGGCGCUUUUGAAUCACAAUCUACCAGCGAAUGUGUGUAUACCAAUGUGGUGUAAAACGUUCGGGUCACAUGCAUUCCAUCAUCGUGUGGCACGAAUUAGUCCAUCUGAUGCUGUGGUGUUGAAUUCGGCUGACAGGGUACCGUUCCUGAUUACGGUUGAAGUACUGGAAAAUAACCCCCAGGCGAGCUGUGCGUCAACUACCAACCUGGACACAACAGAAACACAGGACCAAGAUAACAUGACCGCCACAAAUGGCUGCCAUGCAAGUGAUGAAGGACAAGCCACAGCAUCGCUGAUUGAAGGUUCAGUGGAACUACCCAAUGGUGAAGUCGAAAGAGAAAGCCAGCAAAUAACUUCCAGCGAUUCAGAUUUGAUAAAUCCGCCAAUAGACAGCAGUUCCGUUGAUUAUCAUAGGGAAGUGAUACAUCGGCGAAAAUCUGUUGCCUCUCUGUCCUCUAAAGCAUCCGCCAGUCCUUAUGAGCAAGAGACCUUUACGCAGCUGGAUCUCGACGAAAAGGCCGACAACAUAAAGCCGAUUCCUUCCGCGGUUGAGGAAUUCUCUGAACGAAUGCGGACGGCUGCGGUUAUGUUGGCACAGCUGUAUCAGCAACAGCAGCGCGAGCUGAUGUCGCAAAGUCUACCCUUGUCUUCUCCGCCAUCGUUGCCUCAAUCACCAGUGGUUGUUGGUGCCGGAGGACUUCCAGGACACGUGGGCUGGUUGAGCGCCGUCCCUCAAGGAAACACCGGCACACAUCCUGGACCUGUGUCUCCAUCCGUUACACCAAAAGACCGACGGAACUAUCAAAAGCUAAAAGCAGACUUUGAGCAGAUACGCAACAGACUGAUCAAAGAAAUGGUUACUCUGGAGGAAAAGCGAGUAGAGGCGUUGGCUGCCCAGUUGAAAGAGCGCCAAAAGGUUCCAAUGAUGGUGGAGGGGGCUACGGAUGAGAUUCUCCCUGAAGAAGAAGAAGCAACUCUACGUGCACAGUGUCAGGAGCGGGAUAAGGAUGAUCCCAGUGCUGCGGUAUUCCGAGAAACAUGGGACGAAAAGGUUGAGCGAAUACGCGCCUCCUCCCCUUAUGGAAAGGAUCCAAAUUGGCGAUUAUUAUCAGUAAUCGUUAAAUCGGGGGCCGAUCUACGGCAGGAACAGUUGGCGCUACAGCUCAUCAAAGAGAUGCAAAGAAUAUGGCGGGAGGCGGGCGUGCCGGUCUGGGUGUGCUACUUCCGAAUUCUCAUAACGUCUGAGCAAUCGGGAAUUGUGGAAACUAUUCGAGACGCGAUUUCUGUUCAUUCUAUUAAGAAGAAUGGAUAUGCGCAACAUUUGAAUGAGAAAGGAUUGGCGUUUACCUUGUAUGACUACUUUGUAAAGGAGUUUGGAAAUCCUGGCAGCACACGUUUUCUACAGGCGCAAGACAAUUUCAUGCGGAGUUUGGCAGCGUACUCUGUGAUCUGCUAUUUACUUCAAAUUAAGGAUCGGCACAACGGCAAUAUCCUCAUCGACAUUCAGGGGCAUGUUAUCCACAUUGACUUUGGCUUCAUGCUGUCGAAUAGCCCUGGAUCGCUGGGUUUCGAAUUGGCACCUUUCAAGCUCCCUCAAGAUUAUGUAGAUAUUCUGGGGGGUGUUGGGAGCGAUAAGUUUACCGAGUUCCGAGCGUUGAUGAAGGAAGCAUUUUUUGCGCUAAGGAAGAAGGCCGAUGAUAUUGUCUCACUUGUAGAAAUGAUGGAGCAUGGAUCAAGCCUCCCAUGUUUCACCGGCGCCUCUGCCAAACCCUCCAAUGUUCCCGUUCCCCCAACCGCAACUACCUCGUCAUUUUUAAGCUUUUUGGGAUCUGAAGGCGACCUGUCACCGGAUGCUGCUCGGGCCACAUUGCCUCCCCCUAUUGAUACCAAAACGACAUCGUUUACACCUAUACCCGAAAAGUACCCAGUGGGAGCUGCGUUGAAGGAUCGGUUCCACUUGUCUCUAUCUGAGACGGAAUUUGGUAAUCUAGUGGACUCGUUAGUGGAGCGGAGUUGCAAUAGUGCGUACACGAGGCUGUACGACUCUUUUCAGUAUUAUGCCAAUGGAAUUUUGUGAUCUAUCUCUUUAUUUACUGGUAACAUAAUGCGCAGUAAACCUGCUGCAAUUAAAUAAUCUUGUAACUUGAAAUAAAAAAACAAGAAAACUGAGUGUGGGCAUCCAGUUUCGAACCCACAGAUCCAAAUGAUCCAAAUAUUUGU